UACUUCCUUUUUGAGCCUGCAGAAGUGCUUUCAGUCUCACAGGAGAUGGCGAGGCUGUGGCAAGUCAUGCUCCUGUGCUGUGCACGGAUGCCUCUAUGUCUGCCAGCCACUGUAACCCUCAUUGGCACAACAGAGGAGUGUGAAAAAGCUCACUUUGUCCCUGGUUACAAUCUGGGUGGAGAAGGCUUCGACAUCGUCACAAUGGAACGCAAAUAUGCCUAUGUCAUCGACACUGAAAAAUGGAACCUUGGCAAUGGCACUUGCAAGUUAGUCAGUAACGACUACAUGAAUAGGGAAAAGCAGAAGAUCCCAGUUGCUGUGGUGGACUGGAGGAUCAUUCCCAAGUCCACCUUAGAGGUCUCUGGUACAGUCUAUGAUUCUGUUGAAACUCUUGUCAACGAUUCCACAUCAUCUGUGAGCAAUGACUGGAAAAUUGGCCUUAAAAUCCCUGUAGACCCCAGUGUCACUAUUGGGGUUGGCUUUGGAGGGUCCCACUCCAGGGAUUCUACCUUUGCCAUGCAAAAGUCAAAACAAGACCGAUACACCUUCCUUCGCCAUUCUGUCCACUCUAUCGUCUAUAGAUACAGACUGGCAACAAAUCCUCCACUGAGCCAUGAAUUUUCUUCAGCCAUAAAAUCUCUUCCUGCCUAUUCACGUAGAACUGAGACACUGUAUCGCGGUUUGAUUGACACAUAUGGUACACAUUACAUCACACAGGUAUCUCUAGGAGGGGAAAUAAAAGCAUUCACUUCUAUCAAGACCUGCGAGGCAGCCAUGAGUGGAGUGUCAGCGACAGAGGUCAGUGACUGUUUGUCAGUUGAGGCCUCAUGUAGCUUUCUAAAUACUGCCCGUAUUGAGGCCAUGACCAAACACUGUGAGGCAGAGAAAAAGAAAUUAGGCCAUGGCCAAAGUUUCAGCAGCACAUUUAGUGAGCGUAUCACAGAGGUCACUGGUGGAAUGGUUGAUGAAGCUGAUAUCUUGUUUAAAGGCCAGUCAGACCCCUCUUUCUAUAACAGCUGGAUUAACUCACUGAAAAAAAUACCUGAUCUGAGCGACAGAUCGCCAGGGUGUGACAACGAAGAUGGCUUCAAGCUGAGGAGACGUCUUGAAACAGAGUCACGGCAGUGUCACAUCCUGAUCGUGGCAUGA